ACUCGCUCCUCCUCUCCUUGUCACAACAACAUCCACCGAGUCGAGUCGGUUUCUUUUCCUGAUUUCCUGCGAAGCAUGGCUGGAGUUAAAAUGACAGAAGGGACCUUCAGCAUAGAGUCCUGCAAGGCCCCGUUGUUUUACAGACAAGCUGAGCCUGCCACAGGUGCAGCCAGGCUCUCUGUCCUGCUCCUGCAUGGUAUUCGUUUCUCAUCUGAGAACUGGCUCAACAUCGGCACCCUGGAAGCCCUUGCCAACGCCAGCUGUCGGGCAGUGGCCAUAGACCUACCUGGGCUGGGCCAGUCCAAGUCCGCCGAGGCCCCUGUGGCUGUGGGCCAGCUGGCCCCCGGAGGUUUCCUCAAGCAGGUGUUUGAGGCGUUGGACUUGGAGCCGUCCGUGGUGAUCAGCCCCUCCCUCAGUGGCAGCUACUCGUUGCCCUUCCUCUUCCAGAACCCGGCGCUGGUGCGGGGCUACGUCCCCGUCGCUCCCAUCUGCACUGACGAGUUCACCGCCGAGCAGUACAGCGGCAUCCAGGCCCCGGCUCUGAUCGUCUACGGAGACCAAGACCAUCAGCUUGGAGAGGCGUCUCUGAGCCACCUGAGACAUUUCGCCAAUCACAAAGUGGUGGUGAUGAAAGGGGCGGGACACCCCUGUUACCUUGACGACCCAGCCACAUGGCACAAGGCUCUGAUAGACUUCCUGCAGACGGUGUGAUGUCAUCGCCCAGUGUGAUCGCCUGCAGACUUCAAGUCUAUGUUAUCUGUAAUCAUGUCAUUGAUCAGUCUUCUCAGUGAGUCGUGGAAUUCAAUAUGUAGACUAACACUUGAAAUAUGAGUGUGUACUGUACACACAGAUUGGUAUAUGCACUUCAAAUGACUAUUUUCUUGCAUCCAGUAAUACUUUUAAAGGGCAUUUUUACAAACUCAUUACCAUUUUUGAUUGUGAACAUUAAUGUUCUUCUAGAAUCUUUUUUUCUAAGAUUGUGCUGACUGAUAAAGACGGGUCUAAAGAGUGCUUUUCAAAUCAGUGGUGUGUCAUAAUGUGCCUGUUUGUCUGGGGCCACAGCUGACACAGUACUCCAGAUGUGAUUACAGCCUGUUUAGAGAUGUGAAAACAAACGCAACGCACGGAAAUGAAGUGAAAAAUAUGAACAUUAUUUAAUAACUGAUUCUCUGUAAUAAACAAUUUGAAAAUAUUUUACAA